AUGAGAGAAGGUCAGAAUAUAUGGAAAUUUGCGCGACCACAUUUUCAUACCUAUACUCCAGCCUUUCGUGGUUUAUCAUUAUCAACUGGAAAAGAGAGAGAUCCUCAAGUAGUUGUUAAUACAUUAGGUGAUUUCUAUGAUACACAUUUUUCUGAACCAAAUUUUGAUCCAUCUAAUGCUUGUCAUAGAAGAUAUUUAGCAAUCUACACACAAAUUGCUUAUACACCUAAUAUACCACUUGAACAAAUUACAUACGAAGAGUUUACAUGCAUUGUUACUUUUGUUUUUGGAUCUUAUGCAAUAUUAGUUUCAAAUUCUAAUAAUGUUUCAGUUGAAAGUAAAUUUUUGGUAUUAGUGAUGACUUUAGUUAUUUAUUAUAUAUUUGGUCUUGUCAUCACAUAUCAGCAACAUCGAAUUGGAUUACUUAUCGUAGUUUGCAUCUCUUGGCGUGAUUAUAUUUAUAGUAAUAUGUAUUUUAUUUGGUUAUAUAAUCUUAGCGAUUAUCGCAAUCAGUGCUGUGUUUGGAGUUAA